AUGAAAUGGAAAAAGGAACACAAGAUGGCCAGUAUGAAUAUCGUUCCUUACCACAUGUCCCCUUACGGGCACCCGUACCAGUUUGACCUGCAUCCUAGUCAGUUUGCUCAUCUUGCAACUUAG